AUGCGUCGCUCGACUCGUUCUAACCCCAACAAUGGACUGACGGAGCCAUCUGCUCCCGAGGAAAUAAGAUUUGCGCAUGAAGAGUCCCCGAGACCAAACUAUCCCGUGAUUCUGCAGCACGGCGAUACGGAUAACACUGACGACAAUGCUGGUGAUAUUCUAUACCGUCGCCACGCCGCUGAGCUUCAAGCGUCCGACCUCUCAACAGACGAAUACACACCCUCUCAGCGUGGACUGCGUUCCCCAACAAUUCAACGUGCAGAAGCAACUUCACGUGUGCGCGGAAAUGCCGUCUCAAAGGGGACCCCCGCUACUCCGAAAGACACAGACGAAGAACAACCCGCUAAGCGUCGCAAGUCAGCGGUCGGUCCCACAAAGGCCAGCGAGAAUGCCACCAAGGACACACCUCCUAAGCUCAAGAACGGAGGGCUUCCAUUCAACACAAUCUGGUACAACUCGCCUUUUGAAGACCCCGAAGUGUACCGCAUGAAGGAUAAAGCCCAUGCCCUUGAUACCUACAACGAUCUUGCAGAGAUCAUCGCACGCGUCACGGAGGAUCAUAGCCGUAUGAAGGCAGCACUGCUUAAGAAAGGGUUUCUGCCGGAAUCGGAUGACGAGGAUUCGGAAGAGAACGUGUUUGCUAUGGACUGA